UCUCAGUAGGAGCCACUGGCCCUGAGGUAUUCUGACCACAUCAUAUGUGGCCCUCUCUUUGUAAAAAGUUUGGACACUCCUGCUCUAGAGGAAGCUGACUGGCGUUUGUUUCAGUCAUCCUCUCCAGCAGAUGUCGCGUCCCCCUCCUUGCACAGCUGAUCAUUUUCCGUGCAGAGAGAAAGAGGCCAAAAAAACGAGAUAAAUUGAGCUUUAUGCUCGUUUCUUUGGCGAGUCGUGAUUUUUAUUUCCGUCUCCCUCUUAUUGUCGUGGCGGGGGAACCAAUGCGCUGGUGUUAGCAAGAAUACCACUUCCGGUUUAAAAGGGCGUUUUGUUUAAGAGGAUUUUUGAGCCCCGCUGCUCGCCGUACUACCAGUCAGAAGUUGAAGACGGAAGUUGCCCAAAUUUGUAAAUGGCUUCAGGCAGAGGGUUGCACAGAGGAAAGCUGGACACUGCACUCAAACCAAGAGGAUCAGAGGUGACCCAGUAUAAUCAGGCCUGUGCUAAAAGUCUUGAACUCAGUAAGGUGAUUCGUCUCCUUGAAGACCCUUUGACUGCUAACUUGAAGGAGAGGCAUCUGUUCGAGCUGAAGAAACUCCUCAAGAGAAGCCAGAUUGGUUUUCUUUUGAAGGACCUGACAGGUAUAACCAAAAUAUUCAACGUCUGUGCUGAGAAAGCAGAGGAUCACCCAGAGUAUGUGCCCAUGUUGCGUGAGGCGAUCAAAAUUUGCAGUCUUCCCUUCCUGAAAGAGAAAACCUCUGAUGAGCUGACCUACGCCCAGGACGUCAUAGAUUUCCUCUCUCACAUGGGGUGUCUGAUGAGAGUGUCAGAUGCUAAAGUGAGGCAGCAGAUAGUUGAAUGUGUGAAGUCCUUCUACGACAUUGUGGCUCCCAAACAGCUGCUCGACGGGCUUCAGCCGACCUCUCCAGGCUACAGGCUGCAGCUCCUGGAGCGCAGUGACCUGGCUCAGACGAUGCUGCUUUCCAUGGCCGCUCUGGAGAACCAGCAAUCCAUCAAGCUGGAGCUCCUGCACACUCUUCUGAUCCUCUCCAGCUACUCUGAUAUGAACUGUGCGUCCAUGCUAAAAGCACGAGGAGCAGAGAUGAUGUUUCUCCACAUGAACGAACCGGACCCAUCCGGUCAGAUUUUGUUCUGCUCCUCAGGAAUCCUCUGGAACCUUCUGGAGAGAGGCAACAAGGAGGAAGUCGCUGCACAGCUCAGCAUGGAGUGUGUCAUAUCUCUGAAAGAAGCGUUUAUUAACAAGCUGACGAACGCCUCCCGACACUCUGACCUCGAACUCAGAAAUGAUCUGCUGGUGAUCACAACUCUCAUUGCCGAUAAUCCCAACUCCUUUCUUAUCGAGAGUUUAUUUGCCAAACAGCUUGUUGCUCUUGCCACCUUUCCAGAGCUACAAAAUCAGGACCACUUGGUCCGCAAUCUCAAGCUCAAAUUCACUUCCGAAGACUUUCAAAUGAAGGAGCUGCUGUUGAACCUGCUGGUUCUAAUGUCAAAAGACUCUGCUGCCCUGCAGCUUUUUAAAGAUGCUCAAGUUAUGGAGUACCUCCUGAUACUCAUAAGGCCACCUUCUGCCUCCUCUGAGUGUUCAGGUUCACGUCAUUGGUCCUCUGUCCAGCAGGAGGAGCUCCUGCUGCAAGGACUGGCCACGCUGGCCACCAUUGCUCGGCUCAUGUUGGAUGAUUUCAUGUUCUUUCGGGGGAAUGCAAGUCUGCUGCUCCUGCUGGGCUGGUGCCUUACGCAGGAUGAGGAUACUACAAAGACCAAAAAGAGUGGGAAAGAUCGAACAUUCGGUCAGGGCCACAGCUUCCACAGCACAGGAGGAAGAGGCAGCAAGAAAGCUCACAUGAGACACUGUAUCAGAGUGCUGAGAUCUGUGACGUCUUUAGGGGAAGAGUCAGUGUACCAGGACCUCAGCGAUCAAGGACUCAUCAGUCAGCUCCUGGAUAUUUUAAUGCAGAUGAAAGCAAGUCCUGAUGAAGAGGAUAUCAUCGAUGUGGAGAUAAAGACAAAUAUUCAGCUCAUACUGUCAACGCUGUGUGAGAGCGACAUGCACAGAAAGGAGCUGUUUGGGUCAGAGGGAGUCGAGAUGACGGUUCACUUCUUGAAGAAAGGCUCCGACAAGUUCUACAGCGGUUUGGGACACAACAAGCUCAUCCUGACCACAGUGGACUCUGUUAGGUCCUGUAUCAUCGGCUGCCACACCACAGAGGAUUACUUCCUGGCUAAAGAGGGAGUGUUUCUCCUCCUGGACCUUCUAAAUUCUAGCCCAAGAUGUGUUCAUUGCAUUGUCCUGGCCACUCUGCUGGAGCUCUGUGACAACCCAAACACUCUGCCUCACAUCCUGAGCUGGAGGGACGGCAGCGGGCAGACAGCUCCUGGACUCCUGCUGCAGCUGUGGAUCGAGGAGGAGAAGGAGACCAAAGUAAGCCGGACCAGACACGGAACCAUCGCAGAUCCCCAGAGGCCCAUCCUCACAUUGAAACAGCAGGAGGACGCCCAGCUGUCAUUUCCUGCUAAUGGACAGAACGCAGCAGUGCUGGAGAUAUCAGAAGGCCUGCGGGCCAAGAUUUACUUCAUCUUCUGCAAACUUGGAUUUCAGAACCUUCCUGGAUUGUCAACGAAACAUCAUGUGACCUUAUGCAUCGUCAGGAAUUACCAGGUCUUCAAGGCUGGAGAGAUUUGGGACGAGAUCAUCAGAGAGCUGCGUUUGGAAGGUGUGAGGCCGAUCAGCCCAGACCAGGAGGCUCUGAACACGAUCUGUAAGAUUUCAGAGGACACAGCGAGGAGGGUCAUGGCAGAGCAGAACAGCAUCCUGGAGCAGCGGGACAAGGAGGAGCUCGGCGAGGAGGAGCUCAUGUACUCAGAGAUUACGUGUCAGCGGGAGCUCACAGCCAAAGCAUGGGACAGAUAUGUUUCCAAGACUUCAAACUAUGAGACCAUGAAGGAAGUCAAAGCUCAAAGGGAGAAACACAUCCAAUCAAAGCCUGAAGAUGCUGCAGGUCGUCUCAAUGAGCACUUCAUCGAGCGAGUCAUGUAUGAAGAAACCACGGAUGCUGCGGGACCUGCAGGAAUAAAAGUGACACUUGCCAGAACUGCCAUCAAUUCUGCAGGUCAGGACUGCAUGAGACCAGCAGGACUGGAUCCCGAAUAAUUCAGCACUGUUUCUGUAACUUGUUCAAUACAAAGCUCUUACUUUGA